UCAUUGCGACUAAUAUAGCUUUUUGGAAAAUCCGUAUUUAUUUUCCUGUUUGACAUCUUCUCAAUCGUGGUCAUUGCUUGUUGGAAUAAAGUCUUUAAAUAUAUUUAGAUUGGAUUCAGAUCAUGGGGAAAACAAGGAAACAAGAUCAAGGUAGAUCCGUACGCAAAAGGCAUACCAAGUCAGGAAGGACCCACGAAUCUUAUGCGGUCACAAAGAGACCGAGGUCUGGUGCUAAGCAUGCUCCACCUGCCGAUACAUUAAGAUGUACAUCAAAACGAUGUGUUCCAAUCAUGGAAAAGAAAACAGCUGAUCGAGGAGUCCUUUCUGGUCGGACCAAAAAAACUGAAGUGGUCCAGAAGAGUUCCCUGUUGCUUGAGUUUGUUUCCCCAGUCGACAAAAGAAGAAGCAGUUCAGUAACUACUCGAAGCAAAACAACUCAACGAGAAACCCCUUCCUAUUGGUCCCACGAAUGCGAUGCGGUCACGAAGCCUGCCAAGAUGAUUGCUGAAACUGGUCCCUCUGAGGACAAAGAAAAACAAAAGACCACAAGCAGUUCAGCAACAACGAAAGGCAAAAAGGCUCAAAGAUAUGACCGUUUUGAUCACGGAAGUCAGUUCGUAAUGUAUGGGGCUGGGCCGCCAAAGCCACUGCCGUUGCCCUUAAUGGACAAAAAAAGAAAAGUAAUCUACGAAUGGAACCAGAGUUCGCUACGCGGAGAAAAAUACAUCAGACGUCUGAUCCAGAAAUGUCUUCCACCAGCUGAUAUUUUGGAUGAGUUGUGUGAUUUAUAUGGGCGGAAAUCGAAGAUAGUAAGAGAAAUAUGCGAAGCUGUCAUUGUUCAAACCAAAAAGCAGAUAGAAACGCUAACUAAGUGUACGGACAUAGUGGCGGAUAUUUAUCCAUCGUUUACCCUUGAAAAGGGAAACCACAUUGUUUUUGUGAUAACGCUGAAAAAAAUAAUUGAUGUGACACUUUUAGAAGAAGAUAUUUUGUUUGCUACUGAGUUUCGUGUGUUAGGAUGCUACUCAACCGAAGCAAAGUCGAUAUACCAAAGUAAAACUGUUGAACACAUGUCCAUGAGAGACCAGCUGAAGGUUAAACGAUGCAUUAAUAUCCAUUCUGAGGAGCUUCUCAAAAGGCAUAGGUACUUGAGCAUUAUAACCGCAAGCACCCAAAAGUCAAGAGGAUUUAAAACCGACAAUCAUUAUAAAGACAGGCGGCUUUGCAUAGUGUUUUUCGUUCAUGCAAAAGGCUUCAUUCCGAUUGACGAAGAUCCAUUUGAUGAAACAUAUGACAAAAUUGCUAUAGAUGUGCUGGAAGGCGUUUUUACUCCUUAUAUGAAAACGUGUACAGAAUACCAUGACAACGUUAAAAUGGGCUGCAAAAUCUUUCGGAGCAACAUACGCGGAGGAACCCUUUGGGGAUUUUACGAUCACCACAAGCAUGGAUUAAUUGGUUUAACAUGCGCACAUGCCUUGUUGAAUAGUAAAGAAUUAGAACGUUUUGAAAAACAUGGAUCGAAUUAA